AAAAGUCAUGGCAACAGUUGAAGAAAAGAAACGAGUUGGUGGCUCAAAAGUAUCAGCCAUUGCAAACAUCUUCCAAUCAAAACCACAACUGGACAAUUUAAGUCAUAGAUCCAAUAGUAUUCUGUCAGAUGGUUUCAAAGAACCAGCUGUACCUUUGAAAGAAUCUCCUACACAAGUCACAGUUGUUAGGACUGAAAGUCAUGUGGCACGUUUCAACAAUGCAAGGGCACUUUUUGAGAAACUUGGCGAAGAAAAUAAACCAAAUAAACCGGUCGACAGAAUUGCAAAACCCAGCAAUUUACAUGGUUUAAGGUCACGUUCUAGUUCAGCAAAUUCUGGAUCAGGAUGUACAUCUCCAGCCAGGUCACCUCGUCCACGAUCUCCAUCACCACCAGGAACUAGAGAUCAUUUGAGUAAUUGGAGUGCUAGUGUGCCAGCCUUGAAUGCGGAAAGACAUUUCGAAAAUGGACAUAAUCAUGGUUUCGAUAAUGUGCCAGAUAAACAUAAAUCACGAUCAGGGUUUGGGAAAUUCGACAAAAAUUACGGCAAAGAAAAUCGACUAGAUGACCGUCCAGAGAAACCAGAAAAACCUGAAAGGAGACUCAACUCAAAAGAAUUAAUUGAAAAGCAAAAGAAUUGGACUAGUCAUUUCUCGAAAACUAGGCCAAGCAGAUACAAUUCAGAUCCAAAUAGAUCCCUGGUUCAAAGUUCUUUGAAUCAGAGUGCAAAUAAAGUGAACGUUGAAACUACUUCCGCGGGGCACGCACAAAAUGCAACAAAUACCGAUAAUGAAGCGAAAAGGCCCAUAGAUAUCGCAGCUAAUCCAGCUACAAGAUCUGCAAGCUUUUGCUCCAUUAGAUCUUCAGCCAUAUCACCCCCUCCGCCACCACCGCCAACAAGGAACUCUUCAGUUUCCAAUGCAAAGAAAGAAAGACCGGCUAGUAUCGCGGCUGUGUCUCCUUCGGAUCUUCCAAGUAGUCCAGAGUAUGCUACUAUAAAUAAAUAUUUUGAUACUUCACCAACUAUUCCAGAAUAUGCGAUCGUACAAAAGAAUACAAAUGUACAAAAUAAACAUUUCCAAAGAAACCAAGAACAACGGGACGUUUCGAAGAAUGUUGUUACAUCUGCGUCCGAAAGGACGCAAGAUGUGUUUAUACCGGAGUAUGCGGUUGUACAGAAGAACACUGCGGCCAAAGCACAUUCACGAAGCGCAGACAUAUCAAAAAAUACUUCUGCUCAACACUCAAAAGGAUUCAGUAAUUCAGAAAGUAAUCUGAGUUCCAAAAGCGCUUUUGCAAGCUCAAGUAUUGAUAUUUAUUCACAAUCGAAAUCGCAUGUUUCCUCUUACGAAAGAAACUCUGAUAUAUCUAGUCCGACGCGGAGUAUGUCGAUAGAGAAUAUUACUAGUAUUGCCUAUGAAAGUAAGGGAAAAAAAGAUAGUGACCUGCUUGACACACCUGAAUAUUUAAAUUAUCCUUCGAAUUCAAUACGUUCACCGCCAAAAACUUCUGAAUGGAGGAACGAAUGGUUAGCUAAAAACGAUGAAAUUUUGAAAAAAGCGGCGGACCUGAAAAACUCUAGAGAGAUGUUAGAUGUAGAGGCUAAGAAUGAAAUCGUAAGACCUGAUCCAAGACCGGACUGGGCCAGAUCUUGUAUAAAUACCGUGAAGAAAAAGGAUAGUCUGAUGGAUGAAAGGAAAACAGAACCUUCGAAAUCUCCGGAUCCGGAAUUAAGACCACCUUCUGGAGGUACGGAUAGUGCUUCUUCUAGUAUGAGCUCCCCUAGCUCCCCUUCCAAGGAUAGUAAAGAAGAGAAGGCAGAGAAGGAAAUGUCUGAAAAAAUUCAAGCGGGUCGAAACAGUUAUGAUUUGGAACCUGAAGAGCAAGAAAAGCCUGCAACGUAUACAGAAACUAUUCCUGAGAAGGAUAAUUCAGAUAAAAAUUCAAGAUUUAGUGAAACAGAUACAACCACAGUUAUUCGACGUUCUCAUGUACGUGUUGAUUUUCAAGCAGCUGGUCUGGGACAGCGGCCACCGUCCGUUGUUAGUUCAGAUCAAGAAUAUCCACCAUUAGAACAUAAAGAUAUACCAAUACCUUCGCCAUAUGCAAAGAAAAUGCAACAGAAUCAAGAAUUGUCUACACAAAACAAUGAGGUUAAACCUCAAACAAAAGUAAACAUAGAAGAAAAUGCAGUAACAAAAACUGAUUCAACAAAAAUUUGCCAUAAUAAGAUAUCUCAAGAUAGUAAUCAUGAUCAUGCACGAGCUAAUUCAGUGAUCACAGAAGUAAAUCAAAAUACAGUCUUAGAUAAUAAGUCGAAAUCAAAUAUUACUAAUGAAAGGUAUACGUUUUCCGAGAGUGUUUGCCAGAAGACAGUGUCCAAUGCCAAAAACGAUCAGAUAAAGAUUUCUAUGCGGGAAAAGAUAGCGAAAAAUAAGGAAGAAGUAUCUGGGAAACGUUCAAGUUUUGCUGAAGUUGAUAAUAAAGAUCAAACAGAUAAAGCCAUUUUAAAUACAAGUCUAAGUUCAACAAUCUCGAAUGUCCAUAGUAAUGAAAACUUGUUAGAGAAACCUGUUAGUAAAGAAACAGAAUCAGAUGAACCUACACAUCACACAAACGCAUCUAACUUUCUUUCAAAACUUGGUAGCCAAAAGGAAUAUGUAACACUAGCAGGAAGUACAGUAGCAUCGCCCAAACCAAGUUCCCAAACAAUAAACAAUAUUUUAAAUAGGAGCAUAGAAGAGUCAGAUCAACCUCAGACAACUUGGGAACAGGAAAAACACAAAGCUGAUCAGUUAGCUAAAUUACGAUUACAAGAAAGUAGUUCUACAAAUUCAGUCCAACAAACGAAUAUACCUCAAAGUGUGUCACCGGUUCUUGUAUCUCAACAUGCAGAUAAACAGCAAAUCAACGAACAUGUUGUAUCUGAAAGCAGUCUACAUGAAGAUAGUGAUUCUAGUGACACUAAAACAAUAACAAAUUUGGAAUAUGCUCCAGUGGACAUGCAACAUGUUACUGAUCACAAUGAUGCUAAGACUACAGUGGAAACUCCUUCUAAAAGUAAUCUUAUUCAAACAGUUCCUGUAACACCAGAUACUAUGACUGCUGAUGAAGCAGAAAAUCUACUGAGUUCUCGCAUCCUAGAGAAAAAGAUAAGACAAGGAUCAGCUUUAUUGUCGGAUGAGGAGGCGCAAGAAAUAGCAAGGUUAUUGUCUCCUACUGUGAAUGCUGAGGCUGUAAGUGAUGGAAAUUCUAUUGAUAAGAAUAAAGAAAUGGACAAAGAGAGGGAAAGGGAGGAUCAAGAUAAUACACCAGAUUGGCUAUCCGAUGUUCUGUCCGCUCCUGAUACCAGUCUUAUUAAUAGCACCACAAAUGAUUAUAGUUUAUCCCAUAGAUCACGUAGCGAUUUAACGAUAGAUUCGUUAACGGAGAGUCAAGUGGGUUCUGUAACCGGAAGUGAAAGUGGUCUUCUUGGGUCAGUUAGUAGUUUGAACGAUACUCAUGAAACUAAUGAUGAUACAGAGACUGAGCAUCAAGAUGAAUACAUUCCUCCCACACCAGGAACAGUAGUACUGGUAGAAAAUGGGGUGCAUUAUUUUGAAGAUGGACACUUUUGGAUGGAAGUUGCUGGAAUACCGGAAUCGGACGACGAGAAGGAAGACUACCCAGUAAAUAUACCCGUUAAAAAAAUGACUAAAGUUACAUUUGACACAGGACCAAUGAGAGUUUAUUCCACGCACUCGGUAAACGAGUAUGAUCGUCGCAACGAGGACGUGGAUCCCGUUGCUGCAAGCGCAGAAUAUGAACUAGAAAAGCGGGUGGAAAAGAUGGAGGUAUUCCCGGUAGAGCUGAUGAAAGGACCAGAGGGUCUGGGUUUAAGUAUUAUUGGAAUGGGAGUCGGCGCCGAUGCGGGACUUGAGAAGUUGGGUAUAUUCGUAAAAACCAUCACAGAGAAGGGGGCAGCCGCGCGAGAAGGCAGAAUACAAGUAAACGAUCAAAUCGUUGAAGUGGAUGGAAAAUCUUUAGUUGGGGUUACGCAAGCUUACGCAGCCAGUGUUCUUCGUAAUACUUCAGGUCUUGUACGUUUUGUGAUCGGCAGGGAACGUGAUCCAAACUCGGAAGUAGCUAUGUUAAUUCGACAAAGUCUUCAGGCGGAUAAGGAAAGAGAACAGCAACAGCAACAAGCUAAUUCUGCUAGGAAACUUAAUUUUUCGGAUGCUUCGCCCGACGGUCAACGGUCUGGUGAAGACAUUUCUGUUGGAGGCAUGGGUGCAAUACCAGGUUCUCCAGCUAUGUCCUCGUGUUCGGAAGGGGAACCGCCGCAUAGUCCUAUUGAAAAUUAUUUUUCUGCUUCCGGUCGAAGUAGAUCUCCUAUUAUCAGUUCGUCGAUGCCACCGCAUACCCCUACUACACAAAGUGACGUUGACAGCUUGAGACUGCUUUUGGAAGAGAGUCAGUAUAAACUAGCAUUAGCAGAUGGAGAGGUGGAAAAGCUCAAAGCUAAGCUUGUAGACUUGGAAAACAGUGGAGCAGGAAGCGAGGAAUACGCAAAAAAAUUGCGUGAAUCUGGCUUACGACUUCAUGAAUCUGAAAGAGCGUUAGGCGCUGCCAGACAGGACUUAGGAACGGUACGGGAAAUGCUUUCUCAGGCGACAGCACAGAAUGCUGCUUUACAACAAAAGUAUGCACGAGCAAGAAGAGCAGCACGUGAACUACGCGCGGAUAUUGCUGCCCGAGACGAAUUCUAUGAACAGUUGUUACAAGAAAAAGAUACAGAAUACAAUGCUCUUGUGAAAAGUUUAAAGGAUCGGGUAAUCACGUUAGAAGUGGAAUUAACAGAGACACAAAGAAGGUUUGGAUUGCCAGUGAGAUUGCCAUAUGAUGGUACAACAGCUAGGAUAGUUACUCCCCAAUUAUCGCGCCGACAGUUACCGCCUCCUCCUUCGUCAAGUAGUUGCCAGCUUUCAGACACAGAGACAUCAGAUCUUAGUAGCCCUGACGACGGAGACAAAACUGCAACGGUAGAGAGAAAACUGCCGCUACCAAUACCAGUCAAAGAGGAAUUAGAUAGAGCCGUACCUGCCCACCGACUUCUCGAUAACUCUGCGGGGAAAAGUAAGGCUGAACUUGCUAGCAGAGGAGGUCUGGCAAACCGACAACUUCCUAAACGAUCGGGAGGCCUUAGUAAUAGCAGUUCCGAUUACGGUUUAGACGAAUCAGGUGAUAAUACUGACGAGGAUUCUUCUUCAAAGCUUCUUUCUCAAGAUGCUAGUAGUAGAUCGCCAAACGAUUUGACGUCGAAACAAUCAAAUUUGAGUUCCUAUUCCAGUAGUUCUUCGAUUAGUUCAUUGAAGAGUAAGCACAUGGAAUCGACGCAUCCAACAGCAAUUCGGCAACACAGUACUAUUAGUUCGCAAGUCCGAGCUUUGACGGAACAGAGCUGGCCACAGUCUCAGAAAAAUUUGACUGGACCACCAGCAUCAUUAGCAGAACAGUUAAAGCAGGUUCUAGCAGAAAGAGAAAGACGACUUGGUGGCAAUGACAUGUCUUCUUCAAGAGAGAGUUCUGGAGACUUUAGUGAUUUAAACAAUCCGCACAAUAAUGAUCCAACUUUGGUUACUCAUCAUUUAGUGGAAGAAAUAAGACAGGCUGUGAACGAGGCCAAUCAAAGAGCAAAAAAAGUCGCCGUUCCUUCAUCGAAUUUAAUUGGAAGCAGUGCUACACCUUGGCAUCAUCCAGGUAGUUCACCCUCCAGUUUAUCUUCUGGUGGGUCAGUAAGCCCACCUGCUGUUGAUCCUAGUCCAUCUAAAGCAGAUACGACUGAAGUUUGGUUGCCUCCUCAUCCAAGCGACUUUGGUUUAGGUGACAAGAAGUCUCACUUUUGGCAAAAUGCUCCAGUUACGGAUUGGUCCAAGGAACAAGUUUGUCAAUGGUUAACCGGGAUCGGCUUGGAGCGUUACGCACCACGUUUUCUCGAAACUGGUAUCAACGGUGGGAAUCUUUUACGACUAGAGUCUCGCGACCUCAAAGCUUUUGGCAUUUAUGCAGAAGAGAAGUCUCAUUUGAAGCGGAAAUUGAAAGAACUAAGAGCACAGGCAGAUCGUGAACGCAAAGAAAGGAAAGAAAUUGAACGGAUUCGACGAAAAGCAGAAAAGGCUGCAAGAAAGAAAUAGUUUGUGCGUACAUUUAUGUACCUAUGCCCUUUAUAAAAUGCAAUAAUAUUGCACAAAGAGUCGGUGACAUAUGGAAAUCUUGUGUAUGAUAUUCCAGUGAUGUUCGUAAUGUAUGUAUUUUUCAACUCUUCCGUCUUGUAUUUAAUUCUUUAGCGCGUC